AAGACCCUCCCAGACGGGGCUGGUGAGAAACAGGAAGUCUUUGAGCUGGGAUCCCUCUGCUUUCCCGCUCCGUGAUCCUUCCCUGCAGCAGAAACAGCUCUGCCUUCCUGGCGGGUUCAGAUUUCUCCCCUUUGUUCCCUUGGACCUCAAAUCACUUUGAAUUCUGUGCUUGCAGCUCCCAGGGAGCCUGGAACCAAGGGAAUGGGCCCUGGGAGCCUCGGACCUCCUCAGGAGAUGGUGACCUUCAAGGACGUGGCUGUGCACUUCACUCAGGAGGAGUGGAGGCUCUUGGACCCCUCUCAGAAGGAGCUGUACAAGGAGGUCAUGGUGGAGACUGCUCAGAACCUGCUCUCUCUGGGGCUUCCAGUUCCCAGCGAAGAGGUGAUCUCUUAUUUUGAGCAAAGGGAAGCAUCCUGGAUGCUGGACUCAGAAGGCCUGAGGAGCUGCUCUCCAGGAAAGCUCAGACUUAAAAUGAAAGAAACUACUGCAAAGUUAAGCCUUUUUGUGGUAGACACUCACAAGCAAAGAUUCAUGAGUGACAGUCCUUGUGACUUUACUUGGAGAGAAAUCUGUUCAACUCAUAAGAGAAUCCAGCUUCGAGAAAGACAUUAUGAAUGUAACCAAUGUGGAAAAGGUUUUAUAAAAAAGGAAAAUCUUAUUGUACAUCAAAGAAUCCACAAUGGAGAGAAACCUUAUGAAUGUAACCACUGUGGAAAGUCUUUUAGAGAAAAGGGCAAUCUUAUUGUACAUCAGAGGAUUCACACUGGAGAGAAACCUUAUGAAUGUAAUCACUGUGGAAAGGCUUUUAAAGAUAGAGGAACUCUUAGUACACAUCAGAGAAUCCACACAGGAGAGAAACCUUAUGAAUGUAACCGGUGUGAAAAGGCUUUUAGACAAAUGAGAGCUUUUAUUGAUCAUCAGAGAAUCCACACUGGAGAGAAACCUUAUGAAUGUAACUGGUGUAGAAAGGCUUUUAGACAUAAGCAAAGUCUUAAUGUACAUCAGACAAUCCACACUGGACAGAAGCGAUAUGUAUGUAACCAAUGUAGCAAGGAUUUUAGUCAAAGGAAAGCUCUGAUUGAACAUCAGAGAAACCACACUGGAGAGACACCUUAUGAAUGUAACCAAUGUGGAAAGGCUUUUAAAGUUAGAGGAACUCUUAGGAAACAUCAGCGAAUCCACACUGGACAGAAACCUUAUGAAUGUACCCAAUGUGGAAAGGCUUUUAGAGAAAAGAUAGCUCUUAUUGGACAUCAAAGUAUCCACACUGGAGAGAAACCUUAUGCAUGUAAUCAGUGUGGAAAGACUUAUGGACAUAAGAGAAGUCUUAUUGAGCAUCAGAGAAUCCACACUGGACAGGUACCUUAUGAAUGUAACCAAUGUGGAAAAGUUUUUAGAUAUAAGCAAAGUCUUACUGUACAUCAGAGAAUCCACACUGGAGAGAAACCUUAUGAAUGUACCCAAUGUGGAAAGGUUUUUAGACAAAAGUUAGCUCUUAUUGGACAUCAGAGUUCCCACACUGGAGAGAAACCUUAUGAAUGCAACCAGUGUGGAAAGAGUUACAGACAUAAAAACAGUCUUACUGUACAUCAGAAAAUCCACAUUGGAAAGAAUUGUGGCAAGGAUUUUAGUCAAAGGAAAUCCCUUGCUGAUAUCAGAGAAACCUCAUGAAUGUAACCAGUGUGGAGACUUGUAAACAUAAGAAAAGUCUUAUUGAGAAUUGGGCUUGCAACUAAAAAAACUAAAAAAAGACCAAAUUAAAAACCCCCAAUCAAAUACUAAAU